CCCCUUCCUUCGACAGGCCAUCAAUCACAAUCUUCAAUAAUUUUCUCCCCUUCGAUGCACUAAACACACGCACAGAGAGAGGAUAGACAGACUGUAGGCAGGGAGUACUUCGAAACUUAAAAUAAGCCGCCGCCGUUGGAGGCAAACUCAUCCCGCCGUCCAUUCAACGUCCCUCCCUCCUACGCUUCACCAUCAUAUAUUUGCUUGAAAGCUUUUAGCUAAGAAACCCGACCCAAUUCGAGUACUAGAGAAGAAACCAAACAGAGCUGAGCUUUAGCAGAGCAGAGAAACACAGAUUAAAUUACUUUUGGUUUUGGGUGAAGAAUCAAGAUAAACAUCAAUGCCCCCAUAAUUGUUUUUCUUUCUUUUCUCAACAUUUCGAUAUUGUUAGCCUUAAAGAUUAAAGUAUCUGGAGUUCUCUCUGAAUUUUUUUUCUUUCGAGUAUUCUCUGACAAAUUACAACUCCUUCGUUCCAAGUUCCAAGUCUUGCUGCCACCAUAUCCAAAUGCAAACGAAGUCUCUCUCUUGUACUCUCUCUCUCUCUCUGUUAGCGGCUUGUUUGGUUGCAGAGAACAAAUCGAAGGCCGUAAAACGAGUCAUUUUAAAUGUGACUGAUUUUGAGUUCAAUUGCAUCGAACCUAUCGCGUUCUUCUUAGAUCUUGAGAGAAAACUCAAAUGGAUGUUAGCUGAUUUGCUGGAAUUUGUGAAGUUUUGCUGCAGAGGGAUGGAAAAGGAAGCCAAGAGUCAAAGAGGGCUUACCAACAAUAGCGCUGCAGAGGACUUUGGGUUGCAAUGGGGGAACCGAAAGAGGCUUAGAUGUGUAAAAGUCAAAGACCAAAGCUUAGCCAACAUAUCGGACUGUUUAGGGAAGAAGAAAAUCACGUCUCGUGUCGACCGCCGCGUGGUUGGCACUGCAGAGAAAGAUUCGGUUUCUCCGCUGGCCCAUCGACUCAACAAGAACUCCGACUCGCCAAUGAAUCAUCGGAAGGCAAUGGUUUCAUCACCAGAGAAGGAAGAUCGAUAUUACACAACAAGAGGUUCUUUGGGUUUGGAUGAAAAUGGGAAGGUUCUGAUGGAUCAUGCAAAGGAGGACAGAGGGCAUGUUUGGCCAAAGCUGUUUAUCACAUUGUCUAGCAAGGAAAAGGAGGAUGAUUUUUUGGCUAUGAAAGGCUGCAAGCUUCCUCAGAGACCCAAAAAGAGGGCUAAGUUGAUACAAAAAAGCUUACUUUUGGUCAGUCCAGGUGCAUGGUUAUCGGAUCUGUGCCAAGAGAGAUAUGAAGUGAGGGAGAAAAAGGCUUCAAAGAAGAAACCCAGAGGAUUGAAGGCUAUGGGAAGCAUGGAAAGUGAUUCAGAAUGAGAAAUUUAAAAUGAGUGCAGAGGCUGGCAGAGAGACUUGAUUUUUUGUGGUUGGGGGCAGAGUAGAAGGAGAGAAGAAAAACAAAAACAAAACCAGAAACAAAAAGGGAAGAAAAGAUGGAAGGGGUGUUUCUCACAUAAUUGUUUGUUUUUUGUAAAAACUGCCUCUACAAUUGAACUUCUGGAGAUAUCAUUCUUCCUCGUUCCUUUUCCCUUUAAAGGGAUAUUAUAGGAUGCCUUCACCAACUUCCAACUUA